GGCCAGGAUCACCGCAGAGUCCCAGGUUAGGGUCUCCGGGAAAAGAAGGCUGUGGUGGAGGCGAGAAGAAGACUCAGGAGAGGGGAAGGGGUUUAACGCCGCAGCGGCUGCCAUGGCGACGGCGGCGCGAUUCUUGCGAAGGACGCUGCGAGCAAGCGAGGUGGCGUCUCGGUUGUUAUCUACCUCUCACAGUAUAGUUAGGCGUGUUGCAUACACUACCGGGGGAAUAAUUGAUGUUGGCCAACCAACACCCAAAUCUCAUCCUGAGUUAUUAGCUGAUGAGGAGAUUACACCAGGCAUCACAAGUGAGGAGUACAUAUCCAGAAGAAAAAAGCUUGUGGAUGCUUUACCAGAGAAGAGCUUGGCCAUAAUUGCAUCUGCAGAUCAGCAGAUGAUGACUGAUGUAGUUCCGUACUCAUUCAGACAGAAUGGUGAUUACCUGUACAUUACAGGUUGUACACAACCUGGUGGUGUAGCAGUUUUAAGUAAGGAAACUGGUUUAUGCAUGUUCAUGCCAGAUAAACAUAAGGAGGAUGUAGUUUGGGAAGGUCAGACUGCUGGAGUUGAAGCAGCUGUGGAUUUCUUCAAGGCAGAUAAAGCAUUUCCACUUAGUGAGAUGAAAAAGAUCCUUCCUGAAAUGAUUGAGCAAUCAAAAGUGGUGUAUCACAAUGCAAAGGCAUCCACAUCUUCUUAUAGGAACUUUGAUGCCUUCCGCAGGGCAUCACUCAACAAUAAAGUAAAAGAUCUUACGCAUUACACUGAUGAACUGCGGUGGAUCAAGUCAAAAUCGGAAAUCAAGUUGAUGAGGGAGUCAGCAUCUAUUGUUUCUCAGUCUCUUUUGCAGACAAUGUUGCUCUCAAGGACCCACAGAGAGGAAAGCCAGUUAGCUGCUAAAAUAGAGUAUGAGUGCAAAAUGAGAGGUGCCCAAAGAAUGGCGUUCCAUCCUGUAGUUGGUGGUGGAGUAAAUGGCAGUGUUGUACAUUACUCAAGAAAUGAUAAGAAGAUCAAAUCGGGUGAUCUUGUCCUCAUGGAUGUUGGAUGUGAGUACCAUGGCUACCUUAGUGACCUGACACGGACAUGGCCGCCCUGUGGUAGAUUUUCAGCUGCUCAGGAAGAACUGUACAGUUUAAUACUGGAGACAAAUAAGGAAUGCAUAAAGCUUUGUAAACCAGGCACGAGCAUUAGAGAGAUACACCAUCAUUCGGUCAAGAUGUUGAUAAGCGGAUUCCAAGAACUUGGAAUUAUAGGGAAGGGCAAAUCUAUCCAAUACAAUUAUUUGAAUCCAACCUCAAUAGGUCAUUCUUUGGGAAUGGAUAUUCAUGACUCCACGAGCCUCGCCUUCGACAAACCCUUGGAGCCAGGCGUUGUAAUAACCAUUGAACCGGGGAUCUACAUUCCCUCGGUCCCGAUACUCAACGAGAAGGCCCCGGACAGGUUCCGGGGCAUCGGAAUAAGGAUCGAGGACAAGGUCCUCAUCACCGAGAACGGUCACGAGGUGUUGACGGCGUCGGUGCCGAAGGAGAUCCCCCACCUCACCACCCUGAUCAACAUGGGCGGUGGUGGCUCCAUGACGGAAUCCCAUGAAGCGAGAGCUGCUUGCAACUAAGAGGAUCUCACAGAUAGAUGAUAUCCUUUCCACCGGAGAUCAUGUGGCAUCGACAUUACAUCCAUUACAAUUUUUCCCCUGUUGUUCCUGUCAAAGAUGUAGAAAUCGGAAUCGCCUGAAAACCGAAACUGGGCGCUUUCGAAGAAUUUCACCGGUUCGUGGCAAAACGCGCCCGCUGUUAGGGUUUGUAUAAUAUGUUCAUUAGACAAAGUUUUGGAUCUUCAUUAUUUUUUGUUGUUGUUGAGGGAAUUGGAUCUUCAUUUGUUGGUGUAAUAACUGUAGCUGAAGACGGCUGUUGUCUGACAAUCAAUGGUGAAAGGGCUUUUCAUGAAA